CGCCAUCGCAAACAACUUGCUGUUGGAAAAGCCUGCUUCGCACGCUCUGCAGCUGCAUUGCCGCCGCUAUCCAACCAAAGAGUGUCCUUGGCUGUGUUUUUUUUAAACGCCCAAGGAGCCCUACCCAACGUGCCGCUUGCAUGAACAUGGUAGAGCAACAACAGUAUAUUCCUGCAGGUCUACCACACACAGGUGACCUGGCAGGAUCCCACGGCUUGUCUGAGGCCAGAUCCAUCGCGCCUGCAGGCACUUCAGCCUAUCCAGAAGUGGCCCCCUUCUCAGCAGUCUCUUCUUUCAACAUCCCUGCCCCGUGCGACUCUAGCCUUCUCACUCCCAUCUCCACGACCAGCUCUCCCCCACUCCAUCAGAUCCGCAAAUUGGCACCGCAGUAUCCUCCUCCUCCUAGCACCCCUUAUACCCAAGUGCCAACCCCUCCUGGAAGCUCCAAGAUGUAUCACCAGCCGUGGAACAACCAGUUCGACAUGCACAACCAGGGCGCGCAGAGCGGCUCGCCCUUGAGUAGCCAGGUGCCGGUGGCAUCGGACUUCUACAUGCCUGAAGAUCGCCGCACGCCCAACCCUCCGACAGAGCCCUAUUUCGGGUCCUUCAGCGUAUCUGAGGGCCCGGAAACUCAGUCAAUCCACCACCAGGGACCGCCGUCAUACUAUGUUCCAAUGGAGAUGGGCAACCAAAACUCCAUGAUGAUACGCGAACCCCGUCACCUGCCCAUGGAGCCGCACCCCCGUGACGGCUCUCAGCCAUCAUCUCUGCUCGUGCAGCCUCACUCAUCGCAUUUUCAUAGCAUUCGGCGGGCCAGCACAGACGACCGCAGCUACAGCAGUCGUGCCGAUACCGUUCGCCGCUCCUCCAGCGGCUCUCCUCGUCGACGCUCUGCGACUCAGGGCAGCACGCGAGUGAAGAAGUCAAGGUCCUCCAAGAGGCAGGGUGCUUCUCUUCGCAGCCAGACCGAGCCCGGCGAUGAGCACAAGAACUGCUUUGGCCAAGAAGUCCCUCCUCCCAUCAAAAAGGGGUGCCCCGAAGAGGAGCGCUGCAUCUUCGAGUCUCGAUGGAAACACCGCAACCAGCGGGGACAAGACAUGUGGGAUAGCAUCCAAGCCGACUUUGAGAAAAAGUUUGGCAAGAAGCACGGCAAAGAAAUGCUCCAGAUGAAAUUCAAACGCGGUCGAUCCAAAUUCUAUGACUGGCUUGACGAAGACGUCAAGUUACUGCAAGCCGCUUUCAAGAGGUACGAGAGAGAGAGAUAUCAAAAUAUCCUCAACUACUUCCUUGAGAUGGGUGGUUCCCGAAACAUGCUGUUGAGCGCCAGCGACAUUGAGAUCAAGAUUGUCAAUGACCUGAAAUGGGAAGAUGCCAUAUACAUCGAAGGCAUCGACGAAUGCAUCCGCCGCCGCCGCAAGACCAUUGUUAAGAAACGCUCCACCGGCCGAGGAGAACCGGGCGGGGACGUUACCGUGAGCGAUGACAUGCUGCGGAUUUCCCAGACGCCCCACAACGAAGACGAUGUGAUCAACCAGGUAUACGCCGCUCGACGCGAUCGCUGGGAUGAAGACAUUGCUUCUGUAAACGGCGAAAUGAUGGAUUCACACCUGUGGGAGAACCGGGCUCCCAUGAAGUUGGAGCCUGACACCUUGCACAGCAGCACAAGCAGCCACCCCAUUGGCGGCCCUUGUAUCCGGCCGGUCUCAGUGUACCACCCAGCACCAAAGGCAACUUGA